CAGGGCCAAACGGACACGUCCGUCACGUGAACAGUAGCCGGCCAAUCCGGUUUGAAUCCCCUUUUUUUCCUCUCACCCCCCCCUUCAGGAGCGGUUGUGCGAUCAGAUCGAUCUAAGAUGGCGACUGUGGAACCGGAAACCACCCCUACUCCGAAUCCCCCGCCUACAGAGGAAGAGAAAACAGAAUCUAAUCAGGAGGUUGCUAACCCAGAACACUAUAUUAAACACCCUUUACAGAACAGAUGGGCACUCUGGUUUUUUAAAAAUGAUAAAAGCAAAACUUGGCAAGCAAACCUUCGAUUGAUCUCUAAAUUUGAUACUGUUGAAGACUUUUGGGCUCUUUACAACCAUAUCCAGUUGUCUAGUAAUUUAAUGCCUGGCUGUGACUACUCACUUUUUAAGGAUGGUAUUGAGCCUAUGUGGGAAGAUGAGAAAAACAAACGAGGAGGACGAUGGCUAAUUACACUGAACAAACAGCAGAGACGAAGUGACCUCGAUCGUUUUUGGCUAGAGACACUGCUGUGCCUUAUUGGAGAAUCUUUUGAUGACUACAGUGAUGAUGUAUGUGGAGCUGUUGUUAACGUUAGAGCUAAAGGUGAUAAAAUAGCAAUAUGGACUACUGAAUGUGAAAACAGAGAAGCUGUUACACAUAUAGGGAGGGUAUACAAGGAAAGGUUAGGACUUCCUCCAAAGAUAGUGAUUGGUUAUCAGUCCCAUGCAGACACAGCUACUAAGAGCGGCUCCACCACUAAAAAUAGGUUUGUUGUUUAAGGAGACACCUUCUGAGUAUUCUCAUAGGAGACUGCGUCAAGCAAUCGAGAUUUGGGAGCUGAACCAAAGCCUCUUCAAAAGCAGAGUGGACUGCAUUUAAAUUUGAUUUCCAUCUAAAUGUUGCUAAGAUAUAAGAGAAGUCUCAUUCGCCUUUGUCUUGUACUUCUGUGUUCAUAUUUUCUUUUUUUUUUUGGCUAGAGUGUCCAUUAUCCCAAUCAAAGAAUUACAAUACACAUCAUCCCCAGAAUCCAUAAAUGUGUUCCUGGCCCACUCUGUAAUAGCUUAAUAGAAAUAACCAUCACAAACACAUUUGACCCAUCUACAAUAUUAAAAAAAACACUUGCAUUUCUGUACCUUACAAGAGAAUGACUUUGUUUACGUUCCAUUGUAUGCAGGGGCAUAUUUUGCUGGUUUGAAAGAGUGUGAUGCACACAGUUUCCUGGCAAUUUCCUUUGUUUCUUUUUACGGCACUGUCUGUGCUGUACUCUUGCUGAUGGCUGCUAGAUUUUAAUUUAUUUGUUUCCCUACUUGAUAACAUUAGUGAUUCUGAUUUCAGUUUUCAUUUGUUUUGCUUUAGUUUUUCUUUCUCAUGUAACAUUGGUGAAGGAUCCAGGAAUAUGACACAAAGGUGGAAUAAACAUUAAUUUUGUGCAUUCUUUGGUAAUUUUUUUUUUUGUAACUUAAACUACAACGCUUUGCUACAAAUUUAUGCAUUUCAUUCAAAUCAGUGAUCUAUGUGUGAUUUCCUAAACUUAAUUGUGGAUUAUAAAAAAAUGUAACAUCAUAAUUACAUUCCUAAUUAGAAUUAGUAUGUCUGUUUUUGUAUCUUUAUGCUGUAUUUUAACACUUUGUAUUACUUAGGUUAUUUUGCUUUGGUUAAAAAAUUGGCUCAAGUAGAAAAGCGGUCCCAUUCAUAUUAAGACAGUGUACAAAACUGUAAAUAAAAUGUGUACAGUGAAUUGUCUUUUAGACAACUAGAAUUGUCCUUUUAUUUCUCCAUCUCUGUAGAAGGAAUUUGUAUUUCUUAUUGCAAGGCAGUCUCUAUUGUGUCUUCUCUUGUAGUGUCUUCCACAUGAACAGCAUAAGUUUGGAGCAUUAGUUUGGUUAUUUUGUUUAAUUUUUAAUAAAUUGAAUAGGUAGCAUCAUAUAUAUGAAAUUAAAUUGAUGUGGCUUUUUUUUUUUAAAUAAGGCUCAGUCCUUUAGUCUUAGGUAAAUAAUGUACUCUUAAUAUGUUAAAACUCAUGAAAAUUGCGACCUUGAUGCAUCACCAUUUGAUUGGUAGGGAUAGUAGUUCUAAAACUUAGUUGUUAAAUUGAGAUGUUCUUCUUUAAAUGUCAAAAUAAUAGCGUAAGGAAAGACUUGUAGGUGAUGGGGGUGUAUGCAUUAAGAAUUUUGUUAGUGUUGCUGUCUAAAGAGAAUAGGAAUAAACAGGUUAUGAAGACUCAUAGUUUUAAUGCUAA